UUUUGGUCAUUUUAGUUUUUGAGUGCUAUUUUUGUGAUAUAAACUUAGAAAUGUGCUAUUUUGGAGAUUUGUCCAUAUGAAAACUAUAUAUUAUAAAAUGAAAGGCUAUCUAGUAUGCUUUAUUUUAUUGGUUAGAUGGUCAUGUUAAAUCAGUCUAUUAUAUAUAAUUGUAGGUAUGAUAAAAGCCACAACUGGUAUUGUUGUGCUACUACUAAAGCUAAAAAAGUAAUAUACAUAAAAAUAAUUAUACAUAAAAAUUAUAUGGGCCCGGCCCGAUAAAGGCCUAGAAACAUUAACAUAGAAAUUAUAUGGGCCCAGCUCGAUAAAGGCCUUAUUAACAUUAACAUUAACUUAGUAUAUGCUUCUCAUUUUAACUACAUACUUUGGUAUUACAAAUAUGUUACGUGCCACGGAUCUCUAUGCUAUAAAAAAAAUCAACGGUCGAAGAACUCAUCACCUGACAAAAACGAAAUGAUGACGAUUUGGACACCUUCGCCGUAGUUGAUAUCAAAUCUUUCCAUAAGAAAAUAAUAUGUAAUCAUCAAAAGCACAUAGAAAACAUAAGAACCUCCAUGGCUUCUCCAGCCUCUUCCCAAGGUUCUUCUAUGGCGAUGACGAACGGUGAUGUCUCAAGAACCCUAAACCCAGCCGCACCUCUCUUCUUUCCCCAAAACCCUUAUCUGCAUCACUACUACUUCUCUUCACCUCAGAUUCUCUUCAUCUCCGACACUAACUUCCCUCCCUCAUCUUCAAUCGUUGUGUACUAUCCUUUAUGGUAUAUCAAUCUUAACCCUACUUGGUUUGAGGCAACACAAGAAUUGCCUCCACUUCACUCUCAAGACCCUAUCCAAGAGCUGACUCCUCCACCGACCAGUAGAAAAAAGGUUUUUGGCUGGGAAAGAAGCAGCAGACACGACCGUAAUAAGCUGGUGUGGAGGAGGAAGAUCCAUUAUCAAGCUGAGUCCAACGGCGAUACAACUGUCAUGCUUAGAAACAUACCCAACAAGUAUACAAGAGAGAUGCUUAUUCAGUUCUUGGAUGAGCAUUGUGAAGAAGAAAAUAACAAAGAGGAAGAUGAAGAGAAUGCCUAUGAUUUCUUAUAUCUUCCCAUCGAUUUCCAGAGCCAAAUGAACAAAGGGUAUGCAUUUGUGAACUUCACAAAAGCAGAAGCAGUGUCGAAGUUUAAGGCGGCGUGCAACAACAAGCCAUGGUGUUGUUUCGGUUCAAGGAAAAUACUUGAAAUUGCUCAUGCUCGGAUCCAGGUUAAUAAGUUGGUGAAACAUUUCGAGCAAAUGAUUUAUCCAGCUGAAGCAUACAGUGCGGUGACUUUCAUCCCUGCCCGUAGGGGACCAAAGAGUACGGGUCUCACCAUCAUGGUCGGUAAAUGCACCGAAGCAGCCAUAUCGGUUUAGUGGUUGUUUCAUCUAUCAUGUUACAUAUGUUUAGGAUUAUGUAUGUGUGUGUGAUGGGGAACAUCGAACUAUGACUAAUGGGUGUGCCUAAAAGGAAAAGAAAGGACUCAGACACCGAACCAAAUCCAAGUUAAAACUCUAAAAAGUUUAGUUUUGGAUUUGGUUUUUGAUGUGUGUGAGUUUUGACUUUUCCUUUGUGUUUAUUUUAAGAGUCUACGUGUAACGGGUUUGUACUUAAAAAGGAAAAGAAAGGACUCAGACACCGCACCAAAUCCGAGUUAAAACUCUGAGAAGUUAGUUUUUGGAUUUGGUUUUUGAUGUGUGUGAGUUUUGGCUUUUUCUUUGCAUCUAUGUUAAGGUUGUAUGUGUUUUUAUGCACUACUUAUGUAUUGUCGUUUAACUGUUGGUUUGUCAAUGUUACGUAAGUUGUAUUCUCUGUUGUUUUAAUUUUCGUGUUAGUGAUAAGAUUAUCAGUUUAAAAAAUUGGUUGAAUUUAUGUACCUUUCUUCUCUUAACCCGGAAGUUCCUCACAUGAGAACAAGAAUAACAUUUGACAGGAAAAUAAAAUUUAAAAUCAAGAAUUAAAAAGCGACUACCGAUUAUCACUUAUAAGACCAUCUCCAAUCACACUCUAUAAUUUCCUCUAUAUUUCACUCUAAAAUA